AUGCCGUUGGAUACGAUAUACCUCACUCGCCACGGGCACCGUCUCAAUUGGACGAUUGACCUCCGCACCGGCACCUACAAGUCGCAGUUUCCAACUCCUACAGGCAACCCAGCAGACCCGGCCUUGACAUCCCAUGGCGUGCGCCAGUCUCACGAGCUUGCGGAACAUAUAGCGGGUCUGGGUUUUCACCCUAAGCCCUUUCGUAUAUACUCAAGUCCCUUCUACCGGUGCCUGCAAACCGUCCAGCCUUCCGUCGAGGAACUCAAGCGCAAACACCAAGAGAAGUCCAGCAAUGGCCAUGGCUCGAUCGAUGCAGCCGCGGAUCUAGAUGUGCGAUUGGAGAAUGGACUCGGAGAAUGGUUCGGCCCAACAACCUUCUUCGAACAUCCCUCCCAUCCAACCCCAUCAACCAUGCGCGGCCACUUCCCAACAUUGAUCCCAGAUUCCCCUGAAACAAAAUACACACCUCUACUUGUGCCCUCCUCGCGAGGCGAGACAAUCGCAGAGCUACACAACCGCGUCGCCACGGCCCUUGAAGGCAUAAUCGCGGAUGUGGACGCUGAAAUAACCGCAGCCGAAGCCGAUAUUAAGCCCGAGCAACGCACGAGCAAAUCAAUCCUCAUUUGCGCCCACGCGGCGCCUCUUAUCGCCAUGGGCCGAGCAUUAACCGGCCUCAUGCCAGAGGAUAGUUCUAUUGAAGAUUUUCAUGUCUUCACCGCUGGGCUGAGUACUUUCCAGCGACGGGGAACUGUGAAGUCUCCAUCACAGGGUAGCGCUCAGUCCAUCCUUGCGAAAGGCACGAUACUUACCCGCGCCGAGUCUGUUCCUGAGUGGGAGUGUGGUCGUGGUGUUGGAGGUGGAUGGGACUGUGUGUCGAACGGGGACUGUAGCUUUUUGAGCGGAGGGGCCGAGCGAGGAUGGCAUUUCAGUGGCGAGGAAGGGUUUGAUACGGGACCUAUGGCGCCGGCGUCUGAGCCUCCUUCUGUACAGGUCGAUAGGUCCGGGACUAAG